AGAACUGGGUGCCUACGCUCCUUGAGGGAAGCGUCACCAUAACACCCAGCGGGGCUGGGGUGCGCUUCCAGCAUGGGGAGCCCCCAGCACCCCGAUCCCGUGGGACACGGGCUGCGCCGGGCCCUGGCUGAGCGUCCCCGAAAGAAGCAGCGGCCGCCCCUCCCUCACCAAGGGGAGCUUUUCUAGGAACAGGGUUUCCCUUAAAACCGUGCAGUGCUUGGUAGGACAUCAAACACCACGGCUGGUCCUGUGUCUGUCCACACAGAGGGGCUGAUAUGCAGCUGUUCAGGUGACCAGUUUAUUCAUCCUUUCUGAAACACUGCAAGAAGACUACUCCCAAGAGGCUUCCCUCCAUCAUCAAGAUGGAAGCCGACCCUGGACAUUCCCCCACAGCUAAGCUGCAGAAGCAGGGAAAGAAGCUCUCAGAUGCCUUGAGGAUCAGUGCCUACGUCUUCAGUACAGGCCUGCUCAUGUUCACUGCCCUGGUGAACGCUUCUUCUUGGUUAAUGCAGAAUAUAACAUUAGGCAAUUUCUGGCAAACAGCAUGGUUGGAGUUCUACGACUAUAUGGAGGGAGAUGAGUGGACAAUCUUCCUCAUUGGGGCUGCAUUGGUGCCUGCACUUGCUUUCUGGGGCUUCAAUGGAAUCCUUCUGGUGGCUGAUGUAACAGGAAAGCCAACUUUCAUUACUCGCUAUCGCAUUCAGCUGGGCAAGAAUGAUCCUGUGGACAGAAAGAAACUGUGGAAAGCCAUCUACACAGCGCUGGGUAAUCAGUUCUUUGUCUCCUUUCCCAUGCUUGUGGCCAUGUUCUACAUCAUGCAAUGGUGGGAAAACACCUUCAGCAAGGAAUUACCAACCUUCCAAUGGUUUCUUGUGGAGCUAAGCAUUUUUACUGUAGUAGAGGAAAUUCUCUUCUAUUAUACACACAGGCUUGUUCACCACCCAGUGCUGUACAAGCACAUCCACAAGAAGCACCACGAGUGGACAGCCCCCAUCGGCGUGGUCUCCAUCUAUGCUCACCCUAUAGAGCACAUAGUCUCCAACACUCUGCCUGUCAUGACUGGCCCGAUGAUCAUGGGAUCUCACAUUGUUUCAGUCUCAGCAUGGUUCUCCAUUGCUCUUAUAACAACAAGCAUUUCUCACUGUGGCUACCACCUGCCCCUCCUGCCAUCCCCAGAGUUCCACGACUUCCACCACCUCAAGUUCAACCAGUGCUACGGAGUGCUGGGAGUGCUGGAUUUCCUGCAUGGCACAGACAAAAUGUUCAGACAGAGCAAAGCCUUUGAGAGACACAAGGUCCUGCUCAGCCUCACACCACUCUCUGAAAGCAUCCCAGAGCCACCCAAGAAAGAGGAGUGAACCAGCCCAGCAGCUCUUGGCCAGCCUGGUGAUGAGCAGUGAGAGACAAUGAUUUAUGCCAAAUAGUAUUUCAAUCAGGAAACAAAUUCUUGUCCACACAUAACAGAUGAUGAAGCUGAAGUUAAAUAUGCUGCUUGGAAACGACUGCACUUUUGCUGACAUUGUUUUCUAUAUAAGACACUUAUAAAAAAACCUGCUCUAGAAAUCUGUUUGUAAAAUUUAAUUGUUUAUUUGUUACUUGCACUGUCCCCUAGUUCCAUCUGCCUGUGCAUGAGGCAGCUGUGUUCUGGGCCACAUGGCUCAGGGUUCCCACUGGUCAGCCCAUUGUCCCAAAGCCUCUUCCCCUGCUCCUCUCCAGUCCCCACAACUGCACCAGGAUGAACCCAGCCCAGUUACCUGGCCACAGUUCCCUAGGGAGGGCAAGUCAGCAGAACAGAAAACCCAGGCACCACUGUCUUU